CAUCUGGAGAGCGAUAAUUACCGAACUCCGCAUCUAUGAGAUCAAUUCAUUUGGGCCGCAUUGAUCUUUCUAAAGCACUGAGCGCUGCCUCUUUGCGCAAAAUGGGCUCCUCAAGGCUACCAGUUAGCCUGCGCUCUAGCUUCAAUGUACAAAGGGCGAGUUCAAAGGGUCAAUUGCUCGCCUUGAAUAUUGACUUGCUUCGCAAUGUCAUAUUCAUUCUCUUCCUAUUGCGCUGGAUGAAAAAAGCCUUCCUUCAACUUAAAGGGCGCGGUAUUAUUGGCUCUACGUUUGACAUUUAUACAGCGAUUCGACGCGUGCUCUACGGUAUUUUGCUACGUACUCCCGGCGUCAAACAGCAAGUGCAGAAACAAAUUGUCGAGGCCAUUACCAAGAUAGAAGGAAAGCUUGUUCCAAGCGGCCCUGGAGUAAAUCGUUACUUGACAUUGCCAAAAGAAGGGUGGACUCAGGAGCAGGUAAAAGAAGAGCUGGAAAGGUUGAGCCAGAUGGAUCACACGAAGUGGGAGGACGGCUAUGUCAGUGGUGCUGUCUACCACGGUGGAGAUGAGAUGGCGAAGCUUCAAAUGGAGGCUUUUGGGAAAUUUACUGUGGCCAAUCCCAUUCAUCCAGACGUUUUCCCGGGUGUCCGUAAAAUGGAAGCAGAAGUGGUUGCGAUGGUCCUUUCGAUGUUUAAUGCUCCGCCAGGCGCAGCAGGUGUUACAACCAGCGGAGGCACUGAAUCUAUCUUAAUGGCAUGUCUCAGUGCUCGUCAGAAAGCGCACGCCGAGCGCGGUGUCAUCGAGCCUGAAAUGAUCCUUCCCGCCACAGCACACACUGCAUUUCGGAAGGCCGGAGAAUACUUCAAUAUUCGAACUCAUCUAGUCGACUGUCCGGCGCCCGACUACAAGGUACACAUCCCAUCAGUAUCACGGUUGAUCAACUCCAAUACUGUUCUGCUCGUCGGGUCUGCGCCGAACUUUCCUCAUGGUAUUAUUGAUGAUAUUCCUGCCCUCUCACGCCUGGCCACCCGCAGGAAGAUCCCGCUUCAUGUUGAUGCCUGCCUUGGGUCUUUCUUGGUGCCAUUCCUCGAAAAGUCUGGAUUUGAGACGGAAUUAUUCGACUUCCGACUCAAGGGAGUUACAAGUAUUAGCUGCGAUACCCAUAAAUAUGGUUUUGCUCCCAAAGGGAAUUCAACAGUUCUGUAUAGAAGCCAGGAACUCCGCAGAUACCAAUAUUAUAUCUCGACAGACUGGUCAGGCGGUGUUUAUGCUUCGCCUAGCAUUGCUGGAUCACGCCCCGGUGCGUUGAUUGCCGGCUGUUGGGCAAGCUUGAUGUCUCAAGGAGAAGCGGGCUAUGUAAAGGCAUGCCAUCAAAUAGUUGGCUCUGCUAAGAGGUUCGAGAUGGAAAUUCGUGAAAAUCCCGCUCUCAGCAAUGAUCUCGUGGUUAUUGGUCGCCCGCUGGUCAGCGUAGUAGCAUUUACAUCGACAUCUCUAAACAUUUACGAUAUUGCUGAUGCGAUGUCCUCGAAGGGCUGGCAUCUGAACGCAUUACAAAGCCCUGCGGCCAUCCAUGUCGCAUUUACGAUGCCAAUGGUAGGUGCUAUCGAUAAACUCAUCGAAGAUCUAGUCGCCACAGUGGAGGAGGAAAGGGAAAAAGAAAGGGUGCGUAUGGCUGAAGGGAAGGGGAAGAAAGGUGCCGCCAAGGGUGAUACUGCAGCCUUGUAUGGGAUUGCGGGAAGCGUUCCUAACAGUAGUAUCGUACGAGAACUCGCUGGAGGUUUUCUAGACCUCCUCUACAAGGCCUAAAGAACUCGUUCAUAAGACAAGUUAAAUAUGCAAACAGGUGGAGGACUGAGGCAGAAUGUACUUUAGUUGUAGAUAUCUUUCCCUUUCCCCUUCAUCAAUUGCACUCAGAAGACGGAUGGAAUUAAGAGCACAUAUCAAUUUGAUUGUUCUGCCAUCUAUUGCUACAUAGUAUCCGUCCAUCAAACAAUCCACAAGAAAAUCCCGCUGAGAGCCCAAGAAUAGGUAUUGAGCAUUUACUGGUCCAGACGGGCAGGGAAGUUGCCGGCCUCUUGAUAGUGAGCUACAGUCAGCACGGGAAUAUGAAUGUAUGAAGGACACCGAAGGGGCAUACGAACCGCGCUGGUCAUCCCAUCUCUCGCACCAGUUGCUGGGGCAGAGAGAUCGGUAGGCUAGCUUGAACUUUGGCAAACAGUCAGAAGAAUCAAUUGAAGAAGAUAUAAGUUGGAAAAUAAUAUUUUGCGACGUACCUGACG